GGUCGAAUCGGCACAUCUAAGAGCAACUACAAAGAAGCGAUGAAUUGCACCCGAACCAUCCAUCGCACCAUCCAAAGCACGAUCGUCGCUCGAUCCUAUACCAAGCUUCCACGCUACUACUCAACCACCCUCGAACAAACCCAAUCAGCCCUUAAAUACUGUCGCGAUUCAGUCCGACAGCGAGAUUACGACGCUUAUCUAUGUGUUCCAUUCUACCCUGCUCAACUGCGUAAUGCACAGUAUGCGAUCCGAGCAUUCAACGUGGAACUGGCAUCGGUUCGAGAAAACGUUUCCAAAACAGAGAUUGGUAAAAUGCGUAUGCAGUUCUGGAAAGACACGAUCGACAAAGUGUUUGCAGGUCGACCACCGCAGCAACCGAUCGCUUUAGCAUUAGCGGAAGCCUUGAAAUCGUGUGAUCUGUCAUCCAUGUGGUUUAAGCGGAUCAUUUCCGAACGGUCUGAAAAUUUGGACGACCAUCAAUUCAUGACUAUCAAAGAUAUGGAAACUUAUGCGGAGAAUACGGCUUCCAGCUUGUUGUACCUGCAAUUGGAAUCCCUGGGUGUCCGGGAUGUCAAUGCCGAUCAUACGAUUAGCCAUCUCGGAAAAAUGAUGGGUAUUGCCACUUUUCUUCGUGCCCUGCCUUUCCAUCUGAGCCAAAAACGACUGAUUUUACCAGCUCAAGUCACGGCCAAGCACAAGCUUUCGCAAGAGGAUUUAUUCCGAGGCCACGUUGAGGGAGUGGACGAUGCUGUUUUUGAAGUAGCUACAGCGGCCUAUGAUCAGUUAUUGACCGCUCGGUCGUUACUGAAAUCGGUCCCUCCUGCGGCGUUCCCUGUACUAUUACACGCUGUACCAUCGAUCAAAUAUCUAGAAGCAUUAGAAAAAGUCGACUUUAACGUAUUUGAUACCAAGUUGCAGCGAAAAGACUGGAAACUUCCAUUGACGCUUUGGAAUGCUUAUAGAAAACAAGAAAUCUAGAAGAACAGAAAUCCAUACUUGUAAUUAUCCUCUCUUUCAACCCAUUGGGUUAUCCAUAUCCUUUUUUUUUUUUUUGUGUGUUCAUCAUGGCGAUGCAUGUGCCCAUUGAUGUUGUGUAUCGAUGAAAAAAAAAUAUCAGGCACACGUGGAGUGGAUUAGAUCAGCACGUCGUAGAUACACAGAAAUAAGAAAUAAGAAUGCACUUUAGACUGACGGUCUAUCGGAAGUGAAGGUUCAGCGCGUCGAUCCAAAUGCUGUGAAAUCUAUUUAUAGUGAUGC